AUGUUUCAAGUUUUACGUGUUGCACUUCCAGGUCGUCUGUUGGUCAAAGCGCGCGUUUCAAGUACUAUGUAUGUAUCCGGUGAUCACUUAUCACCCGCGUCCGGAAUUAUCACUCAUUCGUCCCAUUCCGCUGCCAAUCUAACCAAUAUGUCCUCUGUCUCCAGUAGUUUGUCCAAACUAUCGGAUUCCGUGCUACCAAACAACAACACAGGUGGAUCAAAUACCGGUCCUCAACCAAUCCCGUUUCCCGAAUCCUUCUUGCCCCGAGGUACAUCGGGUCCAAAUGGUUCGAUCAUUGAUUUCCAGACUGAAUGGCUAGAGAUCGCAUUCGCACCGAAUGCCCUGACCGAUCCGAAUUCGGGUCUGACUAACAACGCACCAUCAAAUAAGACGACUGUGAUAUCGGAUCAUACAAGUGAACUCCGGUCCACCGUCCUACAAAAUACCAGUAUCACAGACAAAACAGGUCCUCAAGACGGGGAUUCAGUGCAUCGAAAAAGCUGUAUCUGUGAUCUGGAUGACGCAACCGUUGGGGAUCGGGCCGAGUGGACACAUUGUGUUUACGAUGCCACCUAUCAUCCGUUGUGUGCAUUCACCAUGGAAUUGCAAUGGUUAGUCGCCAGUGGAAGUCGACUAAACGAACUGGUCCCUCCGGUUGUCAAGCUGAGCGCGAUUCUCGAAAAGCCUGUGCCACAAAAACGGUGGACCUAUGUGCACUGCAGUGGAGGCAUGUUUGUCAUGAUUCCGAUUUACCGAACCGCAGAUGUGGCCGCAUCGACCACGAUUCACACGCGGUCCGCCGUCAGGACCAGUUCCAGUUCGGAUGCCACAAUCCGGUCAGAGGAUGCUAUGCUUGCGGACUUCAGGGCUUUCAUGAGUGCGGAAGACGAUCGUCUCACUACAGCACUCGCUGGAUUCCUCGCCACUUGGGCGAAACGGACGAAUGAAUAG